AUGUCGGAAAAUCGUAAAGUUCCGAAGCUACCAGUUGAAGGAAAGCGCAACAUCCUCAUCACCAGUGCCCUGCCUUACGUCAACAACGUUCCUCAUCUCGGCAACAUCAUUGGAUGUGUGCUGAGUGCCGAUGUGUUCGCUCGGUAUUGUCGGCUUCGGGGUUACAAUGCUAUUUACAUCUGCGGUACUGAUGAGUAUGGCACAGCAACAGAGACUAAAGCAUUGGAAGAGAAUUGUUCUCCCAAAGAGAUUUGUGACAAAUACCAUGUCAUUCAUAAGGAGGUGUAUGAUUGGUUUGAUAUAAGUUUUGAUGAAUUUGGGCGGACUUCUUCCCCUGAGCAAACUGAAGUUUGCCAGGCGAUUUUCAAAAAGAUACACGAAAACAAUUGGCUCUCUGAGGACACAUUACAGCAGCUUUACUGCGAUACAUGCAAAAAGUUCUUAGCUGAUCGGCUUGUGGAGGGUACAUGCCCUAUUCCCGGAUGCGAGUAUGAUUCUGCUCGAGGAGACCAAUGUGAGAAGUGUGGAAACCUUCUAAAUCCGACAGAAUUGAAGAUUCCCAGGUGCAAGGUUUGUCGAAAUAGUCCUCGUGUUUGUGAUACAGACCACUUAUUUCUUGAGCUCCCUCUUUUAAAAGAUAAAUUGGAAAAAUACAUCAACGAGAUGUCUGUGGUUGGAUCAUGGAGUCAGAAUGCUAUUCAAACAACAAAUUCAUGGUUCAAAAUGGGAUUAAAGAAACGCUGUAUUACCAGAGAUCUGAAGUGGGGAGUACCUGUUCCACAUGAAAAAUACAGUGACAAGGUUUUCUAUGUUUGGUUUGAUGCACCUAUUGGAUAUGUAUCAAUCACGGCAAGCUACACACGUGAUUGGGAGAAAUGGUGGAAAAAUCCGGAGAAUGUGGAGUUAUUUCAGUUUAUGGGAAAGGACAAUGUGCCAUUCCACACUGUAAUGUUUCCAUCUACUCUACUCGGGACUGAUCAAAAUUGGACUUUAAUGAAGACUAUUAGUGUUACUGAAUACCUGAAUUAUGAAGCAGGGAAGUUUUCUAAGAGCAAAGGCAUCGGAGUAUUUGGUAAUGAUGCAAAAGACACUACUAUUCCAGUUGAAGUAUGGAGAUAUUACUUGCUCACAAAUAGGCCUGAGGUAUCGGAUACACUUUUUACGUGGUCUGACUUGCAAGCAAAAUUAAAUACCGAGUUGCUGAAUAACUUGGGAAACUUUGUCAACAGAGUUUUGAGUUUUAUUGCCAAACCUGCAGGUCAAGGAUAUGAUUCCAUUAUUCCCACUGUUCCUGAUGAUGUAAGCGGUGACUCCCAUGAUCCAACCAAAAAAUUGGCCAGCAAAGUUGCUGCAUAUUUGGAGCAAUACAUAGAAGCAAUGGAGAAGGUUAAACUCAAGCAAGGAUUGAAAAUUGCAAUGAGCAUAUCGGGCGAGGGGAAUGCAUAUUUGCAGGAAACUGAAUUUUGGCGUCUUUACAAGCAAAACCAAUCUCUCUGCUCCCUUGUUAUGAAAACGGCUGCUGGGGUUGUAUAUCUUCUUGCUUGUUUAUUGGAACCUUUUAUGCCAUCUUUCAGUCUCGAGGUAUUCAAGCAGCUAAAUUUGUCUACGGAGAUACAUCUUUCACUUUCUGAUGAUAAGGGAGAUGUUGAUAGAGUAAGAAGACCCUGGGAUCUCCUGAGUGCCGGCCAUAAAAUUGGAACACCAAAGCCAUUGUUCAGGGAACUGAAAGAUGAAGAAGUGGAGUUCUACAGGAAGAAAUUUGAAGGAAGUCAAGCAGAUAGGGUUUUGCGUGCAGAGGCCGAAGCAGCUGAAAAUGUUGCCGCACAGUUGAAGAAAACAAAAGUUUCAGAUGGCACUGGGAAGAAAAAAUCAGGAGCAAAAUCAGCAGCAAAAUCAUCAAAUGAAGCCAAAAACAAGGCUGCUGCUGAACCAGAUAUUUCCAUCACAAGGCUUGAUAUUCGAGUUGGUCUCAUAAAAAAGGCUGAAAAGCAUCCUGAUGCAGAUUCACUAUAUGUUGAAGAGAUUGAUGUUGGGGAAGAACAGACAAGAACUGUUGUCAGUGGACUUGUCAAGUAUAUACCACUUGAUGAAAUGCAGAACCGAAAAGUCUGUGUUCUUUGCAACUUAAAACCAGCAAGCAUGAGGGGCAUUAAAUCCCAAGCAAUGGUUCUUGCUGCUAACAAUGAUGAUCACACCAAGGUUGAGUUGGUUGAACCGCCCAGUUCUGCUUCUGUUGGAGAACGAAUUACAUUCCCAGGGCACGAAGGCAGUCCUGAUGAACUCUUAAACCCAAAGAAGAAAGUUUGGGAGACAUUGCAAGUCGAUCUGCACACUAAUGAGAAGCUAGAGGCAUGCUACAAAAAUAUCCCACUCACCACUUCAGCUGGCAUUUGCACAGUUUCAUCAAUAAGCAAUGCAUCAAUACGGUAG